CAUACCUGCUGCUAGAGCUCUCCGUUAGCAGCAGGUAAAGAGUUAUUGUUUAUUAUAUUUAAAGUUAAAGCUGCUGAGUUUCGGUUUCCUGGAGCUCAACAUGGAGGCAGAGAGUUUGGAGCAUGUUGGAGUUUCUGAGGAGAAACCUUCAUCUCUGCAGCAGGAGGAAGAGGAGCUGGAGCUGCAGCUGGCGGGAAUGACUGUGGAAGAGCUGCUUCAGAGGGACCAGGAGGUGCAGACGGAGCGCUGGGCCAGGGACUCGGGCGUGGACACGGACCCGGACUGGGAGAGUCAGGUAGCGGCUCUGUUUGAGUGCAGCUCGUCUCUGUCGGAGAAGUACGACAGUCUGAUGAAGCAGCAGGAUCAGGACGAGGUCACUCACGACAAACACAAGCAGCAGCUGCAGAAGAGGAAGGAGGACGCGACCCGGCAGCACCAGGGUCUUCUGGACAAACUGGAGUCUCUGCGAGUUAAACUGCAGCUCAACAACUCGAAAGCAACGAGGAAAAACUUCCUGUCCAAGAAACAGGAAAUGAUGACGGAGAAGAGCCGAGUCGAGGAGGACAGGAACAGGCUGGCGAAGGAGAUGGAGGAGAGCGACAGGAAGCUGAAGGAGCUCACGGACGAGCAGAACGAGGAGCAGCGGCGGUGGAAGACGGAGCUGGAGGAGCUGAGGAAGGAGAUGGAGCGCGUGAGGAAGGAGGCGCAGGAAGCCGAGCUGCUGGCCUUACAGGAGGAGAUCACCGCCGUGGAGACGCAGAAGGAGGUCGCUAUGAGCCGCAUCGAGGCCUGGCUCAGAGAGGUGAAUCAGUACCUGAACACUCUCAGGGUCGAGUUCCCGCAGCAGUUUUCCCAGGAGAGGCUCAAUUGGGAGAAGAAGGAGGCGGCGGUCCGGAGGAGCCAGGAAGAGCUACAGAGACGCUUCCAGGAAGUACUGCAGCAGCUGCAGCAGGGCCGAGAGCUGGAGACCCUCCCCAGGAUCAACGUCCCCGCCCUGCCACAGGUCCCCAUGGCCGACCUGAGAUUCAAUCAGCUGAUGCAUUCCCUGAUUCGUCCUCAGUUCGCCCCCCCUCAUCCGAACCGGCCCCUCCACCCCCAGAGACACCCUCACUACUACCCGCCCCCCAAUCACCCCCACUUCGCCCACCCCCAGUUCCACCAGCGCUACCACCACCCCCCGCCCCCUCACCAGUACCCGCCCCAGCAGCAGCAGUUCCCACAGUUGCCCCCCCAACCUCAGUACCACAUCAGAGGAGCAGUGAGGGGUCCGAUGACUCCUCCUCCCACUCAUUCUCCCUCUCCUCCCGUUCAGCCCAUCCAACCCGUCGGCCCCUCUCCGCCCCCCCCGGCCGCCGCUGCUGCCCCUCCCUCAGCCUCCACCGGUAAGCUUGACAAAGUCCUGGAGCGGCUGGGGGCUUGCUACCCACAAUGCAACAGGUCCCAGCUGACGUCGCUGCUGCAGCAGGUGAAGAGCUCUCGCGGCACGCUGGCCGGCAUGUCGAUGGAGGACGUGAUCGAGCAGGUCGGCUUCAAGAUGAUGCAGAACGAGCGCUCGGCCCCGGGGCCAAUCAGCCGGCCCGCGCCCCUCGGCCCCAUCCAGAGGCCGACGCCCCCGCCUCAGAGGGCAGCAGCGGCACCGGCGAUGGGAGGGGUGGGAGUAGUCGGCGGGGGGGUGGGAGUGGUCGGCGGGGGGCAGAAACCGUGCUUGAUGUGUCAGAACCGCGUGGAUCCAGAGAGCCGAUACCCUCUGAGCUGCUCUCACACGGUGCACAGAGACUGCAUCAAGGUCUGGAUGCAGUCCAGCAAGAACAACUCCUGCCCCUUCUGCCCCGCCAAGUGACCCCAAGUUACCCCAAACAGGCGGGAAGCAACACACAAACAUUGAAUUAUAGGUUAUUUGGGGGGUUUUUGUUGUUUUUCUAAUAUGACGGGUUUCCAGAUGUUCCUCAUUCAGUAUUUAAGCUGACUGAUAUUAUUCAUGGUUUAAAAGGUGUAAAGUAAAUCAUUUAAUCAGACUGAAGACACUCGGAGGGGCAGUCAGCGCCUCCUGGGGAUAUUUUUUUAUAAUCAUUCUGUGUGUUGAUGUUUUCAUUACACUGUGAACUGUAGCAAACAGCUGUUGUUAGUGUCAAUGGGCCUUAAUAAACAUGUUG